CAGGAGGAGUUUAUAAGCGCCAGGAGGGAGCCUCACUGCAGGAGCAAAGUCAAUAAAAGUCACAAGUUUCGUCUUUUCCUUUUCUUUUGAGCUGCCCCUGCAUGCACCCACACCUCGGAGGCUUUCACUGCUGAUCUGAUCAUGGAGCCCGUCAAGUUUGCGCUGCUGCUGCUGCUGGUUGCGUUUGCGCACAUCGUCUGCGCGCUCGGCUCUCCGUUUUCCAGCGAGGACGACGGGGACCUGUGGACGGAGCCCACCUGGCAGGGUUACCCCAUAGAAAGAGGAGUGACCCUCCGGCUGGCAGAUCUGAUCAAGCGCUCCAAAUCUCAGCAGUUCCACGGGCUGAUGGGAAGAAGUUCAGGUGCUCGUCUGCCGGUGAGACUGGGCAGGAAAAGAAAUAAUAAUAAUAACAACAAAGGGGAAAUGUUUGUUGGACUGAUGGGCAGAAGGAGUUCAGGAGGAGGCGUGGAGGAUGAGUGGAACUCUGACUCCUACUGAAGAUAAACCAAACAAACGCCUCAAAAACCCUCUUCAGAGCUCCACGUCAGAAAAAUCCUUCCAUUUGGUCCAGCGUUGUUCAUCAGGAUGGAGGCCGGCAGAGAUGUUUGACAUGAACUGAAUCACUGUAAAUCCUAAGCCUCUGCAUGUUGUUACUGUCAUUUGCUCACAUUGAAACUGUGUGUUUGCUAGAAUUUUGAAUUUUAGGCUCUGGGAGUUGUCAUUGUAAGACACGUUGGGUUGCUUCUGGAGAAUCAGCUUUUUCCGAAGCUCCAGUCUGGUCAUAACACGCAGUGAUGAUGUGAUGUUGUUCAUGAAUAAAAUCUUCUUUUGGUCACACGUA